AGUGACUCAUGCAGGCGUGUUAAACAGAGCGCAGGGUCGCUUAGCUGGGAGACAUAAACAGGAAGCAGGAGCUACUUUCAUUUUCUUGUGGUGCUCUGACAGCACACUCCUGUGAAGAAGAGCAACUUUAUCUCAGAGCUCAUCAUGGAAACGGUAAAGCCCUUCUUUUCUGCUGCCACAAACAUCUACAAACUGGCUAAAAAGGUGAAGGCCAACAAAAAGCGCUGUCAGCGGAUUUCGGUCCGAGUCAAAGCCUUCGAGGAUGUGGUGAAGUCCAUCACAGAGUUCUCUCCACAGGUAGAGAAAGCCCUCGGGGAGCUGAUCCUAACUCUGGAUUCAGCACAGAAGCUAAUUGAAAAGUACACUGCAGCCAACUUGGUGGAGCGCAUCCUGAAAUCGGGCAGCCACGGAGACGAGUUUGAUACGGUGAGCGAGCGGCUCAAUGAUGCCUACCAGGUCCUGUGUGUAGCUCUGCAAUCAGAGCAGAGGGAGAUGCUGUACGAGGUGUUUAAACAGAGAGAGAAAGAAGACGAAAUGGACGGGAAGGAGGACGACACGGAGAUGACCAAAUUGCUAAUGGACUACAUGAAAGAGCAGCAGGAGAAAACCAACACCAUACUGAGUCAGCUGGACAAAGUGGUGCAGAUGUUGAAUAAGCCCAGUUUCAGCAGCGUGGCUGUGCGACAGAUUAAACCAGAUGAACUGAAGUAUGAACAUCCCAAAAAGCCCUUCAGGACAACAGCGAGCUCCGAGCUCUACAAAGGAGAAUAUCAGGGAUUCCCAGUGGCCAUCAAGAGAUACAUCAACCCCAUGAACACCAGUGCACGAGACGUGAAGUCUAUUUUCAACAAGGAAGUCGACACCAUGAAGCAGUUUGAGUCAACCAACAUCCUGCGAAUGUUUGGAAUCUGCAUCCAGGAUGAGAACGGACCCCACCCUCAGUUCUUCAUCAUCAUGGAGUACUGUGAGAAAGGAAGUCUUCGCCAGGUUCUGGAUUCUGACUACACUCUGACCUGGAUCAGGAAAGCUCACAUGUGUUUGGAUGCAGCACGAGGACUCUAUCGACUGCACAACACAGAAGAAAAAUGGAAGGUUCACGGGUCCAUCAACAGCAGCAAGUUCCUGGUGACUAAAGGCUACACCGUCAAGCUGGGAGGUUUCAGGCUGUCGAAAACAGAGACGUCUCUGAAAAGGCAGACGGAGGACAGAGCCAUGAGGUCGCUGUGCUACUACUGUCCCGAGAAGCUCCACAACGCCAGCUUCAGCUACUGCAAAGAGUGGGAGAUGUACAGUUUUGGAAUCAUCCUGUGGGAAAUUGUAACCUGUAAGAAUCCUUUUGAAGGUUUUUCAGAUGAAGAAAUUUAUCAGAAGGUGUAUAAAGAGAAGUAUCGAGAGCAGCUUCCUGAUGACUGUCCUGCAGAACUGGGACAGCUGAUCAACGAGUGCCGGGCCUACGACGGCUUCCAGAGGCCAUCAGCUGGAGUGCUGCUGGAUAAACUGCGCAGUGUGGUGACACAAAUGGAGGAACAACAAGACUGAUUAGAAUCAUCCUGAGAAGGAAACACAACUCGAAUAAAACUCGAAGAUAACUGUCAUGAUCCGUGGGCGUUGACCCAGUGCGUUAAUAUUUUAGUUUUUUUUUCAUUAUUAUAUUUUCUACAUAUUCUGUUCUUUAUCCGGCGUGCCAACACUACAGAGGUGACAAAGAGGGCGCUGCUGCGUCUACAUCACAUCUCCAGCUGCACCACAGCAGAAAAGAAGGCCCUUCAGAGGGUUGUGUCAUGAAAUCAAUAUCCUUAGUAUCCUUAUUUUCCUAUUAUAUUGUUUUAUGUACUUUAAUAAUGAAGGCUUGUAGAGUAAGGCCACUUUUGACUCACAAACUAAGUGCUCAGCCAGACUGAAAAACAGGAAGUUUUAGUGCACAGGCCUAUUAAUAGAUAAGACACAGAAAAACUUUCCAUAUAAGCAAUGUUUGAAACUGUGUGACGUGUAAAGUACCAAAAUAACACCUAUAUGAGACACAGCUUAUGAUUCUAAUGUUAGAGAUCUUGCAACUGGCGUUUGAGCUGUGCAGGGGUCUCUCUCUUCCGGAAGAUGAUUGAAUAAAAAGAAAUAUAUCUGUUUUAACACACUAUGAGUCGGUUUUCUCUGUUCUGUCAUGGGGAAAAAAAGAUCGGGGUUCAACAGUUGUCACCACUGCCUAAGGAUCAAUCCGGUUGUUCAGUGAUGACGUGACGAAUCCUACUUCCGGGCCUAAAGUAGUCUACGUUUAAUAUGGCUUUUGUGUUGUUAA